AUGGCCGAGGAAUUCACUCUAUUCCCCCAACUACCCCCCGAACUCCGCCGCAUGAUCUGGAAAGCAUGUCUCCCCAAAACCCGCAUCUUCGACAUAAUGUUCCCCUGCUACGCCUACGACCACUACCGCUGCCGUGGAUCUAGCUGGGCAUCCCGCGAAUCCUGGAGACCGCCCGUGAUCACCCGCGUAUGUCGGGAAUCCCGAGCCGUAGCCCAUGAAACGGGCCGAGUGAUCUUCCAAGAAGACAAUCCCAACGUCCCGAAUUACAUUAAGAGUGUGUGGUCGGACACGACGACGGAUAUCAUUGCGCAGUAUUGGGCGCCCGGACUUGAGAGCGUGGUCUUUUGGGAUGAUCCGGAUCCGGAAUUUUUUCAUUUUGCCGAGACGUAUUCGGCCACGAUGAUUUCUGAGUUGAGGUUGAGGAUGGCGUUGAGUUUGGAUGCAAUGAGUUUGAGCAGUGAUACCUUUGAUUGGGCGAAUUUGCGGCAGCUUAGGGAGUGCUUUGUUUGUUUGGAGGAGCCGGUUAUGAUCCAUGUUUCGAGGAAGGAGUUGCUUGUUUCUGGGUUGUUUGGGCUGUUGGGAGAGGAGUAUACGCAAUUGGUUGAUCCGAUGGAUACGGAGACGUUGAAGAAAUUCCACCAUCUGGCGUUAACGUCGAGUCAACAAUUACCCGAAACGAUCAAGUUCUUCGAUGACCUUUCCACGCCGAAGUUUCAGUCUAAGAUUCGCGAUUGGACUCGCACUAUGAUGACACGAUGGAUCUUUUAUGCUUGGAUAUGUGCCGACGAGGAGGAGUAUGCGAGCAUCGAGUAUCCCGAGGAGGUCUGGCUCGGACCGAGUGAACCGGGGGUGGACGAGAAACCGUUUAACCCACUUAAGCCAGAUUCUUAUUGUUAUAAGGGUCGUUUCAAGUCAGAUCAAACGGUCUUCUGGUAUAAUGAGAAACAUCCCUGGGUACAACAGAAGCUUGCAGAGGCACCGAGGUUUUAUCCUCGAAUUAUGAUCCGUCCGUGUAUCACGAGAUGCUGGCUUCCUCGAACUCCACCUCGACGAGGGAGAGCGAGGGGACAUUAUCGAGCUGGGGGAAGGUGA